AGCAGUCCGGGCCGAAAACACACGAAGGUGUCGCCACACUGUCGAACGACGCGGGGCGUGGCUUAUGACCCUUUGGCUUUAUUUUUUUUUACACAUUGGAGAUGCCAGAAUAAACAAUAACAACAACAACAACAACAAUAAAAUCCUUGGUUUCACAACCUCCCCCCGGUCAGCUCAGCGCCUCGGACAUGAAGUCGACGCCGGAGAAUGUCGGAGUCAAACGGAGCAGUUCGGAGCAAAGGAAGGUGCGCUCCCGUGAUGCAGCCAGGUGUAGGCGGGGCCAGGAGACGGAGGUGUUCUAUGAGCUCGCCCACACCUUGCCCCUCCCGCGCCGCGUGUCAGCCCACCUGGACAAGGCCGCCAUCAUGAGGGUCACCCUCAGCUUCCUACGGAUGCAUCACCUCCUCAGGGCAGGCGAGGAGCAGGCGGAGGAGCCUAAGCGGGACGAGGACGAGGAUUUGAUGGACGCUUUCUACCCACGGACGCUGGCCGGCUUUCUCAUGGUGAUGACCGAGGAGGGAGACAUGAUCUACCUCUCCGACAGCGUCAGCCGCCACAUCGGCAUCACACAGCUGGAGUUACUGGGCCAGAGUGUGUACGACUUCGUCCACCCCUGCGACCAGGAAGAACUCAGAGAGCAGCUGAUGCCAAGGCCAGGUUUGUCUAAGAAUCCCCCCUCAGAGCAACAAACUGAGAGAAACUUCUUCCUGCGUGUGAAGAGUACUUUGACCAACAGAGGGCGCACUGUCAACAUCAAAUCUGCCACCUGGAAGGUGCUCCAUUGUACAGGUUACAUGCAUCCGGUCAGCGGAAUCGCGGGUGGCUCCACGUCGCCCCCUGUGGGCAGCGUGAUGACCCUGCUGUGUGAGCCCAUCCCUCACCCGUCUAGCGUGGAGUUCCCACUAGAUACCAGCACCUUCCUCACGCGCCACAGCAUGGACCUGCGCUUCACACACUGCGAGGGCAGGGUGACGGAGUUGGUGGGCUACGAGCCGGAUGAUCUGAUUGGUCGCUCAGCAUACGAGUUCCAUCACGCCCUGGACUCUCAUCAUGUCAACAAGAGCCUACACACAUUGCUGUCUAAGGGCCAGGUGUGUACCAGCCAGUACCGUUUCCUGGCUAAGAGAGGCGGCUUCGUUUGGGCGGAGACUCAGGCCACCGUCCUGUACAACGGCAAGACCUCGCAGCCCGAGGCCGUGGUCUGCCUCAACUUCAUACUCAGUGUGGUGGAGCAGCCGGACGUCAUGUUUUCCAUGGAGCAAACCUGUUGUGCCCUCCAGGCGGAAGGGGAGCCCCGUUCCCCAGCGGCAGCAGUCGGGAAUGCUGACCGCCUGGAGCCCACCCCCACCAGGGAUAUUAAGAAGACCCCGACUGGUACUGCUCAGACUGGUGACGCCCGUGUCAGGACCGACGGCGCCAUAGAGCUCUUCUUCAAACUAGAGGAGAACUCGGAGAACCUUCUGCAGCUGGCCCCGCAGGCUGAAGACACCAUCGUGUCACUUCCAGACUUCGUGGAGCUGUCCUUCACCAGUCCUCCCAGCCCCAACUUGGUGCCGGUGCGCCCGCAGGACCUGUGCACUCUGGAGCUGCGCCAGCUCCUCGCACCCCUUUUUGACACCAUCACUCCGCCUUCAUUGCGCUCCUCAUCGUCGGCCUCAUCGUCAGCCUCUUCUGAGCCAAGAUCUGAAGCUGAGCCCGAACCAGCAGAGGAGGUGGAGAUGACUGAGACAGAUCAGGUGGAGAGGUUCUUUGCAGUCUUUCCAGAGAACAGCCAGAAGACAGAGGGAGAACCUAAGGAGGACGUGGAGGCGAUGGACCUGGACAUGCUCGCCCCUUACAUCUCCAUGGACGACGACUUCCAGUUGACCUUCCUCAGCAGCCUGCCUGGGGGGGGCGACGCGCCCCCCUCUCCCUCUGCCGAACCCUGCGGGGCAAUACCCGCCGCCGCCCCGCCCAGCAGGAAACGAACGCAUGUGUUGGAUGAAGAUGAGGAUGAGGAUGGGUCCUCCCAACUGGCCUUCGAGGACAAGAGGCAGAAACACACUCCGUCCUCCAUAGAACAGGAGCUGCUCCUCAGCCAGAAGCUACUGGGCUGCCUUGAUGAAACUGACCAAUCAGAGCUCGACAUGGAUCCAGGCCCACCACGUGGUGGGCGGAGUCAGCUGCUGACAGACAGAGAUCCUGUUUUAGGAGGGAUGCAGGGACUCUGUGACACAGCAGCUCUGAUGAGAGACAUUUUCAUGGCCCGCCCACCUGACCUUUCGCCACUCUCGCCUUUGACUUGAUAGAACGCCUGUCAAUCAAGCGUGGGGCUGCGUGCUUUGCCGACGUCAGGAAGUCAUUGUAGCCUUCACAAACACACACACACACACACAAGCAAAUAUAGACACAAUGACGAAUGCAUCGCCAUCCACAAACGCACACAAACUCAAACACGCACAUGAUUAACAAUGCUCGAAGAAGACUCGCCAGGGGUCAAACUGAACUGAGACAGCCAGGAUCAUCAAAAGGUGCUAAGUGGUGGACCUACCCAUCCGUAUGUCACUAAGGGGCGAGUCCUGUCGGUUUAUUCUAACGUCAGGGAACACGUUAAACUCUUUGUACUGUAAACCCCUCCCCUUCGCCUUGGAAAUCUCCUUAGACCCCCCCCCCUUCCAUCUGCAUCCACCCUUCAGCACUGACCCAUCCAGAUUUAACAAAAUCAAAUCAAGGCAGCAUCGUGACUCUCACCUGGACUCGCCUGGUCAGCCGCUUUGUGGGAAGCCAAAGUUGUUACAAUAUUUUGUGUUGUGUAGAGAGAGAGAUACAUUGCUCUGUGGGCUCUUAUUGUGGAAAAUGUUGGUUAAAAAAAAAAAAGACAGGCCUAGCUAUCGUUAGAGCUUGUUUAACCAGCUUGGAGGGACCAGAUGGGUGGGGUUAACAGCAUCCCGGUAGUGUCAUAUGAGCUACCAGCUAAAUAGACGUCUUCUCCAUAAUGGUGAUUGCUUAAUUUCUGACGUGCAUCAGAAGGUUUUGUCCUGUUUGGCUAACCCCACCCGCCCCCACCUCCACAGUAGAGCAUCAUUUGGAGUGAGUACUCUUUCUAUAAGGCGGCGCUCUCCUCCAGAACUCAUUUCCAUGGCAACAGGCACAGUUUUACCUCAGUGGAGCAACUCUGAUGUUGGAGGUGGCGGAUCCUGUCUUGGGCAGCGAGUGCGAGAUAGUACAGAAAGAUACUUAAAGAUAAUGCACGCACAUCCUGCACAGGAAGUCUGCAAAGACCUGGUCGUCCUUUCACUUCAAAGCAUGCCGCCGGCUGUCCGACCCGUCAUACAUUAAAAACAGCGCCUCACACCUUAGUCCAGGUGAAGUCCAUCGAGGAAGAAAGCGUCGUCCACUCCCAUUGUACCGCAGCCUGAACAAAUUGAUCCGAACGUCUAUCGUACAAAUACAAGAGCUUACCAGGGCAUGUUGUGAAAAUGUCCUGGUUACUAAGGAUUUUAUUUGUGUGAUAUAAGGAUUGUGUUUAUAAAUUAACACAGUUGGACACAGUUACUGGUUUCUGUAAAGACCGUCUAAGCGGUGGUUCUCAAUUAGGUCCUCAGGUCCCUACUACUGCUGGCUUUCUGUUCCACGUAGUUCAUUGCAUUCACCUGUUGUGUCAGGUAUUGCUGACAAAGAUAGUUUACCUGAUAGAGAUAGAGAUGCUCGCUAUCGCUUCCGUUGUUCCUUCAUGUCUGAGCAUCCUCUAGUAACAGCAGUUAACAUGAGCGGGAGAGACAGGAGCUGAAAGGCCAAACAACACUCAGUCAACACUCAGCCAAC